AUGUCUAAGCAGUCUGUUGAAAAAGUUCAGAAGCUUAUUUCGUCCCACAAGGUGUUCGUCGCCUCCAAGACGUACUGUCCAUACUGCGCCGCCGCAAAGAAGACUUUGCAAUCUGAGGUGAAGAAUGAUUUGUUCAUUUUGGAAUUGAACACCAUUGACGAUGGUGCCGAGAUCCAGGAUGCUCUGGCCCAGAUCACCGGCCAAAGCACCGUGCCAAACAUCUUUAUUGCUGGUGAACACAUUGGAGGCAACUCGGACCUGCAAGCUUUGGGCAAGGCUCGUCUUGAGGAGAAGCUCAUCAAGGCCGGCGCCGCCUGA